AUGGCAUCCCCAACCACCAAGGAGGCCAUUGAGUCUCAUUCCGAGCUGCGUACCACGGAGGAUCUCAAUCACAAGGUCCAGUCCGAUGCCACCCUAGUCGAGCCCGAGGAGGUACCCGAGUAUCAGUCGCUGUUGUCAGCACUCUUUCGUCGUCGCAAAAUACGUGACCCGGAUGCCAUUGCCACAGUCCGCAGCGUAUUUGACGAUCCGGAGCUACGGAAAUACUACAUGCCCCAGCCGAAAUACGAGAAUUUGCACCGAUUCGACAUUGACGCACGAUGGACGUACCGCGAGGAAGCGAAAAUACGUCGAAAGACCGAUUUCUUCAUCUUGCUCUGGAUACUGGUCAUGUUCUUUGGCUUGAAUCUGGACAGAGGAAAUCUGGGCAACGCGGCAGCGGACAACCUACUAGAAGACCUCAAUCUCACCACCGAUGAUUACAAUAAUGCGCAGAACAUGUACCGUGUCGGCUUUAUCAUUGCUGAGAUCCCGUCGCAGAUGAUCGGUAAACGACUAGGACCGGAUCGGUGGAUUCCAAUUCAAAUAAUCAUCUGGAGUUUGGCAUCUGGCGGUCAGUUCUUCAUGCAUAAUCGAGCUGGGUUCUUUGCGUGCCGGUUCUUCAUCGGUUUGUUCAUGGGUGGAUUCAUUCCGGACGCCAUCCUGUACCUGUCGUACUUCUAUACUAAGACGGAAAUGCCUUUCCGUCUCGCAUUGUUUUGGUUCACUGAUUCCAUAUCUGGAGUGAUUGCGUCGUUUAUUGCCUAUGGCGUACUGCACAUGCGUGGUGUUGAUGGACGCGCGGGUUGGCGAUGGCUCUUUCUUAUUGAAGCCCUCAUAAGUAUUGUCAUCGGUUUCUUCAGCUUUCUGUUCCUGGUGCCUGGUCCAACACAGACCAAGACAUGGUGGAACCCUAGAGGGUACUUUACCGAGAGAGAAGAAACAAUCAUAGUCAGCCGAGUCUUGCGUGAUGAUCCCUCCAAGGGUGGCAUGCACAAUCGUCAAGCCUUGUCUCCAAAGAUGCUUUGGCAGAGCUUGAAAGACUACGAUUUAUGGCCCAUCUACAUCAUCGGCAUGCUUUUCGAGAUUCCUACCUCGCCGCCCAAGUCGUAUCUUACGCUUUCUCUCAGAGGCAAUGGCUUUUCCACGUUCCAAACCACCUUGCUCUCCAUACCCGUUACUGUGUUUGCAGCGAUCAAUUUACUACUCAUCACGGAGCUCAGUGAACGAAUUCACCAAAUCUCGUUUGUCGGUCUUCUCACUCAACUCUGGUCUCUCCCGCUUCUCAUCGUUCUCUACACUUCUGCUGGGAAGUUAUCGAACUGGGGGCUCUACGCCGUCUCUUUCGUCCUUCUGGGCUGGCCAAACCCGCAAGCCGCACAAGUCGGCUGGUGCUCGCGGUUGAGUAACUCUGUUCGAACUCGGGCCGUCAGUGCUGCUGUAUUCAAUAUUACCAUUCAACUAUCUGGCAUCGCUUCUUCAAAUAUAUAUCGCUCUGAUGAUUCUCCGCUCUAUCAUCGUGGUGAUGGGCAGCUGAUUGCGAUCAAUGUUGCCACCAUUGUGGCCUAUAUCCUGGCAAAGGCAUACUACGUGGCGAGAAAUCGCUGGAAAAAGAACAAGUGGGACAACAUGACUCCACAAGAAAAAGCAACAUACCUUGAGACGACUAACGAUCAAGGCAAUAAACGGUUGGAUUUCCUGUUCGAUAGCUAG